UUUUGGAGGUGUGAAUGAAUUGCUAUUGCAUAAACACUCAAAUACAAUUACCUAACCUUCUAAAGCCUGAAGAAAAGAAGAGAGAGAAAUAGAAUAAAGAAGAGAGAGAAAGAGGGAGAAGAAGAUGAAAGAGGAAGAAACACAAAAUGUUGGGCCAAAGCAUAAAAAGGGAGGGAUGCGAACAAUGCCCUUCAUCAUGGCAAAUGAGGCGUGUGAGAAACUUGCGGUGGUUGGGUCUUCUGCAAAUUUGUUGUCAUAUUUGACAGCGCAGCUUCACAUGCCAUUAACAAAGGCAGCAACCACUCUCACCAAUUUUGGGGGCACGUCGAGCUUGACGCCAUUGCUGGGAGCCUUCAUAGCUGAUGCAUUUGCAGGCCGAUUUUGGACCAUCACUGUUGCCUCUAUCAUCUAUCAAUUUGGAAUGGUGUGCCUCACACUCUCAGCCACCCUACCUGGCCUCCGCCCCCCGCCCUGCCCCCCGACCUCACAUGACUGCCGGCCAGCCGCCGCCACAGAAGGCCAGCUUGCGAUGCUUUAUGGCUCGCUGCUUCUCACUGCACUGGGCUCAGGAGGAAUCAGGCCGUGCGUCGCAGCGUUUGGUGCCGAACAAUUUGAGGAGACUGGCCAAAAACAAAGCACCAAGAUGUGGAACUUCUUCAAUUGGUACUACUUCUGCAUGGGAGCCUCCAUCCUUGUCGCGGUGACACUCAUUGUGUAUAUUCAGGACAAUGUAGGGUGGGGGUGGGGAUUCGGAGUUCCUACUGCUUUAAUGGCGUUAUCAGUGUUGUGCUUCGUGGUGGGGUUUCCACUGUACAGGCACAUGAACCCGGCGGGGAGCCCGUUGACGAGGUUGGCUCAGGUGAUUGUUGCAGCAGUGAGGAAGAGAGAUGUUGUUGUUCCGGAGGAUCCGGGGUUGCUCUACGAGAAUGAUCUGUUGGAUGCGGGCAUCUCCGCCACUGGGAGGUUGCUCCAUACUAACCAGUUCACGUUCUUGGACCAUGCUGCGGUUGUGACCCCAUCAGACACAACGGACUCGAGCGGGGCCCCCCCCUCGAAGCCCAGCCUGUGGCGCCUGUCCACCGUCCAUCGGAUUGAGGAGCUCAAAUCCCUCAUCCGAAUGGUCCCCAUCUGGGCUGCCGGCAUCCCCCUCAUCCUAGCAGCAGCACAACAAUACACAUUCUCCCUCCAGCAGGCCCGAUCCAUGGAUCGGAGGCUCUCCUCUUCGUUUUCGAUCCCUGCUAGUUCAAUGGGCGUCUUCACCAUUGUAUCCAUGCUCCUAACUGUGUCUCUCUAUGAUCGACUCCUUAUACCCGUUGCUCGUAGAUUCACUGGCUUAGACAGAGGCAUCAGCUUCUUGCACCGGAUGGGCAUCGGCUUUGCAAUUUCCGUUGUGGCGACCUUUGUGGCUGGGUUCGUCGAAGUGAAACGCAGACAUAGAGCACUGAUGGGCGACGGAGUGGAGAGCGUCUUCUGGCUAGUGCCGCAAUACAUAUUGCAUGGUGUGGCCGAAGGGUUCAUGUCAAUCGGGCACCUCGAGUUUUUUUACGAUCAAGCGCCGGAGAGCAUGCGGAGCACGGCGACUGCGUUAUUCUGGACGGCAAUAUCAGCAGGGAAUUACUGUAGCACACUGUUGGUGAUUGUGUUGCAUAGGUUUACAAAUUGGUUACCUGAUGAUGACUUGAACAAGGGGAGGUUGGAGAGGUUGUACUGGUUGAUUACUGGCAUCCAAGUGCUCAACUUAGGGUACUAUACCUUGUGUGCAAGGUCCUAUACUUUUAAGCCACUUGAGUUGAGGGGGGAAGAGGGGGAUGAGAAGGUUAAGGGAGGGGAAGUUGAGAUGCUGGUGUCUGUUUGGCCUUUGAAGUUUGCAGGAGAGGAACUGAAUGAAAGCUCAUCUAUAUGACCACAUGUUACAACUCAAUGCAUCAGUAUGCGGAUCUUAUAUGAGAGUGAGAGUCAGAGUGAGAGAGAGAUGUCCUUUUCUAUUAGUAAUGAGAUCAUGUAACUUCAUAUUUUUUUUAAUAAUGGGUAGAUGUUUAGUCUUGACACUUGUACUGCUUACUGUUUGAGUCAGGUGAAUUUGGAAGUUCUUUUUGGUUUUC